UAAAUAAUGGGUUUAGAAGCUUAUCAGGGCAGGCGGGCCACUGCUGGGGUUUUAUCUCUCUCGGCCACAUUGCAGUAGUGUUCCGCUCUCCAUACUAAAUAGGAAACUGGACGUGAUGUGGAAUUAGAGCCUACCCAGCUGAAGCCACCCAACACUUACUACAAAUAUAGCCGCGAUGCGUAGGCCACAAAAUGGCUCCACUCACUUUUCCCAAUGAAAAGCAAAUGGAUUUAGCAGUUUUAUCCCGAUGCGGGUGUCCUUCCUCUCUGUAAAGUCGUAAGUACCUUGAGGUGGGAGGAGUAGAUUCAGCCUGACACUGAGAGCGCUUUUGUUGAAACAGGAGAGACUUGCGGUGUCCCUACUUAAAUAUGACACAUGACGAUGGACAGGCCGCCCGCCCCGCCGCCCCCCAGUGACCCCCGCGAUGCCCGCCCCGCCCGGCGGCACGACUCGGAAGCGGAGACCACGAGCGAGCCGGAGAGCAGCCGCGGGGGCAUGGAGGCGCCGGCGGACCCCCAGCUGCUGCUCAACGGGGCGGCCAAGGAGGCGGGCCGGCCCUCCCCCGGGCCCCCCGCCGCCCCUGUGCCCGUCAUCGAGCUGGUGCGCCGGGGGGGCUCCCUGGACAUAAAAAGCCGUGAGGCGGCGGGGGACGCGAUGCAGAGAGCGCCGGGAGCCGAGCCGUGCCGCGCCGCCGAGGCCGCCUGCGAGGCCCGCAUGGUGCAGCUGAGCCCCCCCGCGCUCCCGCUGCAGCCCCCCGGCAGGGCCAUGCUCUACAACCUGGGCCAGCCGCUGGCCACCAUCAACAGCGGGUUUUUCGGCGAACCGGACUCCUUCUCCAUGUACGGCAGCAACCGAGUGAAGCGGAGACCCUCUCCGUACGAGAUGGAGAUCACCGACGGUCCUCACACGAAAGUUGUUCGUCGCAUUUUCACCAACAGCCGGGAGAGAUGGAGACAGCAGAACGUCAACGGGGCCUUCGCAGAGCUGCGCAAGCUCAUCCCCACCCACCCGCCCGACAAAAAACUGAGCAAGAACGAGAUUUUGCGCCUGGCUAUGAAAUACAUCAACUUCCUGGCCAAGCUGCUCAACGACCAGGAGGAAGAAGGAAACCAAAGGGGCAAAGUGAACAAAGACUCGGGGAUAGUCCAGGAAGACCUCCUGCAGGACAUGUUGUCCCCCAACUCCAGCUGUGGGAGUUCCCUGGACGGAGCUGCGAGCCCGGACAGCUUCACGGAAGAGCACGAGACGCUGGAUUCGAAGCACACGCGGAGCCUGCACCACGCCAUCCUCCCCGUAGAAGGCAACGCGCAGCGGUGAUGACCCUCACGCUGCUCCCGAAGCGCCACGGGGGAGAGGCCAGGCCUGGCUCUGCAGUUGCUGGAACUUUUUGCUUGUGGGAUUUGUGACUCUGCCUUUCCCUGGGAGCUCGGGCUGCCCACCCGCCCCAGCCCGGGGAGGAGUGGCCGGCACGUUGGCUGAGGACGAGACCAACCCAGAUGAACGUUCGGGGUUUAGGUACGUGACCGUACAAAGAAGAAAAGCGUUGAAGUCGUCUUCGUUGUACAGAACUGCUCGGGAUGGGACUCUGAGGAGGUGAAGGAGACAGGGCUGGCACCUCUCCAGCGUUUAGAGGGUUUUCAGACCACUUGGUGAGCGUCUCUUUUCAAACAGUCAUCUGGGUGAGGCAUGGAACUCCUCUUUCACUGCCCACGGAGGCCACUGGCGCUUUCCAACUCCACAUGGUGCUGGAAACUGCUGCAUCACACCAGUGCUGCAGCACUUCUCCAGCCUGUGGCACAUCCAGCUGGUCUGAGCAGGAGCCUGGCCACGUAUUCCUGUUGUCCGAGAGCUUUUGACUGUAUCUUUUUAAAGAGGUGAAAAAAAAAAUACCCUCAGCAAAAGAACUAUUAAAAGGAUUUAGACAAUUUCUUUUUCUCUCCUUUUUUCUUUCUUUAUUUUUUUCUUUCCCUUUCUUCCUUUCUCUUCUAUCUAAUUUUGGAUUGUUUGGGCUUGUUGUAUUUAUGACAUGGGAUUACUUCUGUUUAACACUGUCAUGCAGUAUCCACUGAAUGAAAAGGUACAUAGGUGUUUUCUGCCACCCUCCCAGUCCCUGAUCCUUCUGCUGGUAACACUCAGCAGGUGAAUUUCAAGCCUGCUGUGGUCUCCUAGAGUUUUUCCAGUAGUUUCUGUGGGGCCAGAGCUUCCCUCAAGAAAGAUGAGUUUCAGAGUUGGUAAGGGAAGAAAAUACUUGCUAGUGAAGUAUCUCUUUGGACUGGGGGAUUUUUAAAUUCAAAAAAGCAAAAAAAAAGGGCAAAAGGAGUCAAUGAUGUAUCAACAGUGUGCGUGUACAUAGGGUUAUAAAAAGGUUUUUUGAUGGUAUGCUUUGAAUUUUUUGGUUUUAUUGUGUGAAAAUGGCGGUUCACCUGUGCCACUGCCCACAGUGUGGACAAUAGUGCUGGAUUUAUUCUGGUGUUAGGAAUAUCCUCACCUGUCGAGGCUGGUGGGAGUCCACAGCCUCUCUGAAUCUUGUGGGGAAGCAGUAAAAUCCGUGGUGGGGUUAGCCUCCAUUCCUGAGUGCUCAAACUGCUGCAAAAUUGAGCUCUGUGAGUGAGCUGAUCCUCUGAUCCUGCUGCCUCCCAGGAGGGCGUUUGGGAAACAGGAGGAGAGGGGAGCAGGAGGCUGCUGCUGUGUUGGGAGCUGAGAACCACCCUGUGCCAUCACUGCUGCUUCAGGCCCACCCCGCACCAACCCAUCUCCCGAGGCCUCAUGGAGCAGCUGCCCCAAACCCAUCCUCUCCCUCUGCAGACAUGUCAAGGCACAGAAAUCCCUACCAUGAUAUGGUGGAACCAAAACCCCAAACCCACACACAAACAUCCUUUGGAAGAGAAUAAAUCUUUCUGAGUGGGGGCAUCUUCCACCACGCUCGUGCCUUCCCAAGGAUGCUGAGGUACAAGGGAACACAGAGAAUUUGAGUGGGUGUCUGCAAGCCCAUCCAGGCUUCAUUCAGAGCCCUGUCAUUUCCAUCCCUGCUUGGUUUUGAUGCCUCUUUGUAAAUAAUAGGUGAGAGUCUGGCAUGUGGCUUGGCAUGUCAGGCAGAAUUAGUUGCCUGGGAAGGGAUCCUGGCCCAUGCAAGGAUUUCCAGCAUAGCUCCCAAAUUUUUGGAAAGCACCAAUCUCCCCCAUCUUAGACUGGGGGAAAGGAUGAAAAUUCUUGUGUCUGGAUUUCCUGUGCAUGGGGGUUUUCACUAGAGGGGGUUACCUGCAAGCUGGGCCAGGGCAGGUGCUGGUGGGUGAGGAAGCUGAGGAAGAGGUUUGGACUGGUACUGGUGCCAGGGGUAGGAAAGGCAAGCAGGGGGGGCUGCCAGGGGACCCUCGGGGGGGUAAGGGGGUGCUGUCACACAGGUAAAGCCGUUCCUGGUUCCCAAAUAACCCUGGGGUGGGGUAGGUGGGUGUUUUACGCCCUUGUUAUUGAACUGUCGCAAGAAAAAAAAUAAAUAGUUCACCAAUACUCAGAAAUGCCUCAUUCCACACAAAGCCAUUAGUCCUUGUUUGUAUCUCCUCGGUAGCUGAACAGUUGGGAAAAUGGUACAACCUUGUCAGCACCCCCAAAUGCCCCCAGGCACACGGGCUCCUGCAGGGAGCGCCGCAGGUCCCCCGGGGUAUGUACAGCUGUACUUUAAUUGUGAUUUGAAUGGUACAUUUCCUCUGCCCACCUCUCCUCCUGCCUGCUUCAUCUCUCGCUGUGUGGACCAUCAUCCCCAUUCCUGUUGGAAACAGCGCUCUGGGGCAAUGUCGUACCGUGUGAGUGAAUUCCCGCCUUACCAAUUUUGGUUUUUUCUGCCCCAUCCCUUUCUCUGCCACCCUCCCCUUGGAUUUCUGCAUUUUUUCUGCAGAAAUGAAGUAACCAGACCUGGUACCCUGAGUCUCAACUCACUGUGGAUGUGCUAUUUAGAAAACACAUUUGUUGUAAUGUGUGUGUAUAUAUAAAUAUAUAUAUAUAUAAUGAAUAUAUCAAGAAUAUUUCUAAAUAAAGUUUUACAAAGCAGCCUCCACUCGCUGUCUG